CUGGCGGGGGCGCUGUUCCCUCGCCGCGGUUCUCCUGCAGGAGUGAAGCGAAGAAGGAGCGGAGCGGCCGCGGAGCUGCAGGAGGAGCAGAGCUGCCGGAGAAAUGAAAGAAAUUGUCUCACAACCCACCUCUCUCAGUUUUAACUGACCUCCACAAACACAUCCUAGCUGAUAUCAAGGGAAAUUAAUCGUGACGUAUGGCAUCCAGAAGCGUCGACUCUCUGCAGACCGACUCUGCUACUCUUCACUCAAACAAACCCAGCAAAGAAAUAAAGAAAAGUGUAGUAAAGAAGAAAACUUACCGCUGUCCAGUGUGUGGGAACAGUUAUAAGAAACGAAACUAUCUCCAUGUGCACAUGCGCAUUCACACAGGAGAGAAGCCGUAUCGCUGCUUGGACUGUGGUAAAGGGUUUGGUGAGAACGGUACCCUCAUAAAACACCGGCGCAUUCACACAGGAGAGAAACCGUAUCAGUGCCCAGACUGUGGCAAGAGUUUUAGAGACAAUAGUACCGCCAGAAAACACCAGCUCACUCAUACAGGAGAGAAACCGCACGAGUGCUCAGAGUGUGGGAAGAGCUUUGCUCUACAGGGUAGUCUCCGACGCCACCAACGCAUUCACACUGGGGAGAAACCGUAUUGCUGUUCAGAUUGUGGAAAGAGCUUUACUGUUCAGAACAAUCUCCAACUCCACCAGCGCGUCCACACAGGAGAGAAACCGUAUUACUGCUCAGAGUGUGGGAAGAGCUUUAGAGACGGCACUUUCUUUAAGAAACAUCAGCACCUUCACACCGGACAGAAGCCACAUGACUGCCCAGAGUGUGGCAAGAGUUUUGCUCUAAAACAUGCUUUACAAGCACACAAGCGCAUUCACACAGGAGAGAAACCGUAUCAGUGCGCAGAAUGUGACCAGAGUUUUAGGUAUUCCAGCACUUUUAAGAAACACAAGUGCACUAUGAUGGACACGGAUGCAAUUAUGACGAUUGUCAUGUAAUGGAUGAAUGUUACCCUGCGUUCACAUUGGCAGGCAAGUAGCUGCUUGUGUUGCCCUAAGUAUGUCUCCUGUGGGUGUAUUAGAGGCUGUUGGCUUGUAUACCAUGGCCAGAUAGCAUGCUGGCAUAGCAUAGCAAGCACCCGAUUGUGCUAUCUGCUGCUUUCUUUCAUGCUUUAAUUUUCUUCAAAUUGCUUUUUGGCAUUAUUACAAAAUGGAAAAAUGGCAACAAUGAAUCGAUGUUUAGAACCACACUUGUGGGUAUAAAAGUGAAGUACGGUAGGAAUCAAAUGUUCACAGACCAGAAGCUGGAGACCUCAGAGUAUGUGAUUGAUCCAAAGAAUUCGUUUGGCCAAUCGGGUUAGAAUAUCUGUUCAUUGCAUCAUAAUUAAUUUGCUUGAAGUUCAGAAAAUCUAAAUUCAAUUUGUUAAUUGUCGCUGUGUCACUUGCCACUUGUUACCAAAUCGUGACAACCAAUCGCCUGCUAGUGUGAACACAGGGUUACAAUAUUAUCUUGUAUAUUUGUGGAUUGCUUAGCACCUGAUGUAAGGAAUUAUUAAUAUUUAAAGGAACAUAGAUAAUGAAUUUCCAUUUGUUGUGCAACUAGUCUUUGUACAAUGGUGUGUUUGUAGGUGUUUUUUUUUAUGUAACAAAUGUACUUGAUUUGCUUGUUGAGCCAAACUAUAAUAUAAAUGGUGAAGUACAGUAAUGUAAACUAAAUGUAUUGUAAUGUAAACAGACUAUAUUAUCAUGAAAUUAUAUUGUAGAACUGCUUCUGUCAGGUCAAGAGCUUACAUAGAAAUACCCAAGGUAUAUCUCCUGCAGCAGAUUUCAGUCUACACAUUAAUUCACCCAAACCUUGGGGCAAUUUAGCAAAGCCUUCUACGUCUUUUUGGCAAACUUACAUGGACACACAACUCCAAGCUCCUGGGAUUAACCUGUAUUCUAGCAAAUCUGUGCAUGUUGUUGUUCCAGUGCACAAUUUAGGAUUUAAACUGCUGGAUAAAUGAUGGUGUGUGUAAACAGGUAUAUCGCUAGCUAGCUUUGUGUUGGUGCACUAGCUAGCUAACUAACUAGCUAGAUCCAUUUGGUAAAGCUCGCCACUCGUUUUUCUCUUGUCAGCUACAAUACAGUAAAUGGAAUUUGUGACAAAACCAGUGUCUUGCUUUUACAAUGUAUCAUUGUUUUACAGGCUACAGGUAAAUUAUGGUUAAUAUAUAUAUAUAAAAAUAAGAAUACAGCAGCCUACUACUGUGAUAAUAAUUAAACUAAUGUGAUUAUUACUGUGAUACAAUAUUUAUAAUAUGUAUUAUGAUACAUGUACAUUAUGCAUACUGUCAAAGUCAAAUACAUACUGGUUUCUGUACAUUUCACAGUGCAUUUAUUCUUUUUAGGAUAUCCAGUAAGAUCCUGGUGCUUUGGUUGGGCAAUAAUGCCAGUGUACUCUUUACAGUGAGUGGACUCUAAUGACUUAUGUGUUUACGUGUAAAAUCUGGUCCUGCUAUUCCCUGCUCUGGACACUAGAGGUCCUCCUUACCAAAAAAACUGACUUGAGGUUG